GAGAUAUUAUUACAUAUGCACAAACUCCUCUUCCCACAUUCCCCAUAAGACACUGACCCAUUGUUCUUAGUCUUACACCCCACAAACUACUACUUACCAUACCUCCCCACACAAUCAGUCACACACCAUGAUGGAGAAGGACUGCUGUCACGAGACCCACCGGGAAAAGCUCCGCCGCCGCCUCCUUACGGCCCUUCUCGGCUUCAUCGUCCUCAUCCUCUUCCUCAUCCUCCUCAUAUGGCUCAUCCUCCGCCCCACCAAGCCGCAUUUCGUCCUCCAGGACGCCACCGUCUACGCCUUCAACCUCUCCUCCACCAACAUCCUCACCUCCAACCUCCAAAUCACCCUCUCCUCCCGAAACCCCAACGACAGAAUCGGCAUUUACUACGACAAAGUCGACGUCUACGCCGCCUACCACGGCCAGCAAAUCACUCUCCCCACGCUGCUCCCCCCCACCUACCAGGGCCACAAAGACAUCACGGUCUGGUCGCCGUUUCUGUACGGCAACCAAGUCCCGGUGGCUCCGUACGUGGGCGUUUCUCUGAGCGAGGACCAAAUCGCGGGAACGGUGCUGGUGAACGUGAGAGUUGACGGCAGGAUCAGAUGGAAAGUGGGGACGUUUAUCUCCGGGAGGUACCAUUUGCAUGUGAAUUGUCCGGCGUAUAUAAAUUUCGGGGGCAGAAAUAAUGGGGCGGCGGCGAUUAAGUUUGAGUUGAUCAUGGACUGCCAUGUUGAUGUUUAGUUUUUAUCAGCAGCUUUAUGGUUUGUACCUUAUUGUUAAUCUCUUUUUCUUUCUCUUCUGAAGCAUGUACGAUAAUUUAGUUUUAUAAUAUUGUGGAAACAGAAAUAUUAACUUUAUGUCUUUA